AUGGCUUUGCCAUCCAUGGUGUCUAUCACCACAGAUUUCAUCAGUGUUGGGGGCAACAGGAAUCCCGCGGCAGCAGAUUGGCACCAUGGGUCUGGUUUGUUAGCCUUUGGUGCGAACAACAAUAUUGCCGUUUGGAACCCCUUGGACAAAAAUGGUGCAGGUGUAUACACACUGUUAGUGGGCCAUACCGACAGAGUAAAUGCUGUUAAAUUUUACACAUCUCCCUCCAACGGGUCGAUACUACUUCUUACUGGCGGUAGUGACCAUACUAUACGAAUAUGGAAACCAGAUACUUCCAGUCCGCCCAAGUUUUCACAAGCGGCAGUCGUGGAGGGGUAUCAUGAAGGGUCGCUGAACUGCAUUGAGGUCGCUUGCGGGUCAAAUACCUUCGUCUCUGGGGCUGCAGAUGGAGCUGUCAAAGUUUGGAGUAUAACUGAGGAGAGUGAUGAGAUAAAAUGCCAACUAUUACAGAGCAUUUCGUUAAAACCUCGAUAUUUCCCUCUUGCUAUGGCUCUAAAACUCAUACCUCGCCAAAAUUCGGGAGCCAAGUCAGGUGGAAUGGUGCUUGCAGUUGGAGGCACUAGGGCUGCAGUCCAGAUAUAUGCUGCGCAGGAUACCAAUGACCUCAAGUUUGAACUGAAUACUACCCUAACUGGACAUGAAAGCUGGAUCCGUUCCCUUGCGUUCUCACCUGUCAAGGAUAGCCCUAGUGGCGAAGAUAGGCCUACAAACUCUCAGGACUUCCUUCUUGCUUCAUGCAGCCAGGAUAAAUACAUUCGCCUUUGGAAAGUGAGCCUAGGAGAAGGUACUACUUCAGAUACGCCUAAGAAUGUGGAAGACCAAUUGUUAUCUGGAGUGGAGCAGGCGACUUUAACUCCAAAGGCGCAUAAGUUUGACUUGAACGGUGCCAAGUAUUCAAUAACAUUCGAGGCUCUUCUUUUUGGCCAUGAAGACUGGGUUUAUACUGUAGCAUGGCACCCAAACCCUCUCCGGCAGCAGUUAUUAUCUGCUUCCGCAGAUAACUCUUUGGUCAUCUGGGAGCAAGACCCCGUAACUGGUGUGUGGUUUUCUCUAUCGAGAAUGGGAGAAAUUAGCUCUCUUAAAGGCUCUACCACGGCUACCGGUAGUGCUGGUGGCUUUUGGGUUGGUCUUUGGUCACCGUGCGGGGAUGUUGUUGUGUGCCUAGGCAGGACAGGCAGUUGGAGAUCCUGGAGACAUGAUACUGUGGCAGAUGCAUGGCUUCCUAUACCAGGAAUAACUGGACACGUUAGAGCAGUUUGUGAUAUUGCUUGGGAGACCAACGGAGGGUAUCUUUUGUCUACUAGUGGAGACCAAACAACGAGAUUAUAUGCUGAGUGGAAGAAGGGCAACCAUCACUCAUGGCAUGAGUUUUCACGGCCUCAAAUACAUGGCUAUGACCUCAACUGCCUUGCACCACUCGGCCCAUCUAGAUUUGUGUCAGGUGCUGAUGAAAAGCUUUUACGGGUCUUUAAUGAAACCAGGGCUGUGGCUAAUUUACUUACACGGCUAAGUGGACUAGCUAACCCGAAAAGCGACGAGCAAAUGCCAGACGCUGCAAGUAUUCCAGUCCUAGGGCUGUCUAAUAAAGCAAUGGACGAAGAGGUUGGCGAUGACGAGGGAGCAAACGAAGGCGACCAGGGGGAACAGCAAACGGUGCAGCCAGAAGUAUAUAACCUGGAGUUUGACCAUCCACCGCUAGAGGACCAUCUCGCCAGACAUACACUUUGGCCGGAGCAUGAGAAGCUAUAUGGCCAUGGAUACGAAAUAUCAGCAGUCACUGCAAGUCAUGAUCUAUCAGUCAUCGCUACUGCAUGCAAGGCUAGUUCUAUCGACCAUGCGGUCAUUCGUUUAUAUGACACUUCAACAUGGAAUGAAGUACGGCCUCCGUUAACUGCCCAUUCAUUGACGAUAACUUCAUUGCGAUUUUCUGCGGAUGACAAGUAUCUGCUCAGUGUUGGGCGUGAUCGACAAUGGGCGGUUUUUGAACGAGACUCGGUCAACAAAUUACUGUUUAAAUUGCUUGCUUCCAACCCGAAAGGCCAUUCAAGAAUGAUACUGAGUGCGAGCUGGGCACCGCAUCCAACAGCUACAGUAUUUGCUACGGGUGGCCGUGACAAGUCCGUUAAGAUAUGGCUCAAGGAUGAUGACACAUUUACUGCGAAAACCACAAUUACUUUCUCCUACCCAGUUACUGCUGUCGAUUUCCUGCCUAUAUCGGUGCAUGACGGACUCUACAUUGCUAUUGGAGAUGACUCGGGUCAGAUAUUUGUCGGCAAGAUCCAGGUGGACAGUUUGGAGGCAGGAGAGAUGCUCAUGAUUCCACAAACGGAGUGCCCGUCAAAAUCUAUUACUCAAAUAGCUUGGAGGCCAAUAAAGGGACUGGUAGAAGUUCAUGGAGAGGAUGUGACUGCAACUGGCAGAAAACCCGGAUACCAGCUUGCUGUCGCCAGUGAAGAUUCUUCAAUUCGUCUAUAUAAUAUUGAUAGUCUUCCACCAAAAUAG